CCGAGACGCCCGCCUCUCCUGCUCCUCCUUUCCUAGGCCGUAGGAACCCCCAGGGGACAGCCCGGCCCCGACGCCAUACGGGGCUUUGCCCACAGCCUGAAACAACAUGAAGCAGUUUCAACUGGAAUUAUUCCAUAAAUACUAUUGAUGCUGAAAAUGCAAAAUGAAUGCCCUGCAGAGUUUCAUAAAUGGAGUUCCAGUCUGCCUUCUAUCUAAAUGAUUCUCAGCUCAACUUGUCCAUCUAUAUCUGUUUGAGGUCCCUGAUGUUCUGGAGCUUGACAUAAUCAAUACAAUAUCACCCACAAAUAGGAACAUCAGAGGACUUCAUUAUCCACUUUUACUCUGUUUCUGACAUUUUCCAUGAUGUUGACAUAUACCUUUGGUGAGCAUCCCUCUUAUGUUUUAUGCUUUGUUUGAUUUACUAAACUGAAAUGUUGUUUAUCUGAUUACAUUCAUCAAGGAAUAUUGUAUUAUCUUAAUGUACUUAUGAGAGACUUCUUAUUCAAAAGGAACCCUUAAGUGGUGUUGUUCUAAUGUGUGAAGUCAGAGGUUUCUUUAUUGUCCAAAAAAAAAAAAAGCCACUAAAUACAGCAUCUUUAGGUGAAUGUACUUUGAGGCAAUUGGAUGACUAAUAUGCUGUAAAAAUCUUUUGUGUUCACAGUUUUAAGGUUCUCAGAAUACAUGUGUAGAUCAUAGCAGUAGUGUGGAGUUCAUCUUGUUUUGUCCUUUUUGUGGCUUGAAUUGGAUUUUUAUUGCUUUAAGGGAUACACCAGAAGUCGGGGUAUUAGCCAUGGAGUCUCGUCAGAGUGAGAGCAGCACAGAAAGUGAAGAAAUAAAGAAAGAGGGGCACUUGGCCUCCGAGGCUAAAGUCCACUUCAAAGUGACACGGUUCAUCAUGGAGGCUGGUGUCAAGCUAGGGAUGCAAUCCAUUCCAAUUGCCACAGCUUGUACCAUUUACCAUAAAUUUUUCUGUGAGACCAAAUUAGAUGCAUACGACCCUUACCUCAUAGCCAUGUCAGCCAUUUACUUGGCCGGUAAAGUAGAGGAACAACAUCUCAGGACAAGAGACAUCAUCAAUGUCUCUCACAGGUAUUUAAAUCCCAAGAGUGAACCUCUAGAGUUAGACUCCUGGUUCUGGGAACUGAGGGAUAGCAUCGUUCAGUGUGAAUUACUUAUGUUGAGAGUUUUGCAUUUCCGAGUCUCAUUUCAGCAUCCCCACAAAUAUCUGCUCCACUACCUUAUUUCUUUAAAGAACUGGAUGAAUCGACACAGCUGGGAGAGGACUCCCGUCUCCCUAGCAGCCUGGGCCCUGCUGCGGGACAGCUAUCAUGGAGCAUUGUGCCUGCAGUACCCUGCCCAGCACAUAGCAGUAGCAGUGCUCUAUCUCGCUUUGCAGUGCUAUGGAGUGGAGGUGCCUGCCGAUUCUGAGGCAGAAAAGCCCUGGUGGCAGGUCUUCAGUGAAGACCUUACCAAGCCAGUCAUUGAUAACAUUGUAUCUGACCUGAUUCAGAUUUACACAAUGGAUACAGAAAUCCCUUAAUUGCUCUAGGACCAUCCAAGGAGAAGCAAAGCUUUGCUUUGUCUGAGAACUGGAUUUGACCCCACUAAUAGGGGUCACAACUACAAAGAGUUGCUAAGUCACAGGGAUCAACUUUGCAUCUGCAAAGGGGGAAGAAAUAAACUUGGGUUGCUUUCUGAUGACUUUUUUAGGUGCUGAUGCAGUGGAUGGGUAAUAAUAGGUGUUCCUCUUGAGCAGGUUUGAGAGAAGUUAUGUUUGGAUGAUGAAAAAGGAAUGUACUGUGUUCGAUUGCCUUUUGCACCUUAGGAAAUUUUUGAAGAUUACUCCUUUGAAUUUGGUGCAAACUGUAUUUAGACAUCUCUUCAUUAAAACAAAAACCAAAAUAUCCUUUGGGAUAUCUUUUUAAGCCAUACAUAAACUUAAUCUUCCAACAUAAUGAAUAGUAUUUUGUUUUACAUAAUAAAAGAUAAAUAUUUUGUAAAGCUGUGAAAAUGGGCAUAUAAUUUUAAAACUUUUAAUGUUCUAUGGAUCAAACUGGGGAUAUGGGAGUGUGGGGAGGUGAUUUAGCCAUAAUUUAUUUUUCCCAUUUUGUGUUAUUUUCCUUUCCUUGAAAUGUUAUAAAAUGUGAUCGUCUUUUCAACACAAAUGUUCUUUCGGGAAUCCCAUAUGUUAAUAAUCUUGAAACACCUUGAUCUCUGAAGAAUCAAAGUUUUCUAGUAAACACUGGGGCAAAUGAGAGCUAUUAAUGGGCAAAUAGUAAGCCCAUAGAGGAAGAGACAGUAGGGAUGGGUUAUUCUCAUCACCCAGAGAGGGCGUUGCCCUCAUGGAUGAAUUCAUGAAUUGAUUGAAGUUUUGAGAGCCAACAGUUGGCCAAAAGAAACAGCUCAUCUUAAAAUUUUUAACAGGUCAUUUCCAAAACAAAUUUGCUGUUUAUAUGUUACACCUGUUCAUUGGUUUCCUAAAUACAAUGAUUUUUUCUUAUGUUUCUGA